CGUAAUACAUAGUCAGGGCCUCGUGUCAAUUGCUUCUCUUAGCAACUGGCCAAUGGAACAAAUUGUAGUUUUUAAUUUGAAGGCUCGUGUGUGCUGUGGCUUGCGAACGAAUCCUUCAACUAAUCAUGCCAGGACCUUUUGAGACUCUCUGCAUCUCAGAAAUUCUCGCAGUUAUCCUUGAUGGAUUGCAAGGCGACAAGAAGUCGUUAUACAAUAUGGCUUGCUGUUGUCGUGCAUUUACGGAUCCUGCGCUCGAUAUGCUUUGGAGAUCUAUGCGCUCCUUUGCGCCAUUCACUUCGUUGAUUCCACAAAGCGCGUCAUUCAUGGAUGACACCAGGACGACCGACUGCGAUCUUUCAAAGUAUCACUGCAAUUCAUUGGACGACUGGAAAACGUUCGACAAAUACGCUGCACGAGUCUGGAGCUUGCACAUAGGAGAAUAUGACAAUGAUAGCGCAGAUUUCGUAACAGACCAGGAUUGUUAUAUACGUCUAACAGUCAUUCGCGGACAGGAUGUGUUUCAUCCUUUCCCAAAAUUACGAACCAUUUCCACUCUGCGAUCUCUCACCCUCGUGUGUCGCAACACACUUGAUUGUGACCCCAUUGAAUUGGUACUUGACCGCGCUGACGCUGAAGCACCGCAUCUAAAGGAACUCCGCAUCAUUGGUCUCAUGCGGACAAUGAGAACGUUGCACUCAACACCUCAACUUCGAUUCGGACGGAUCAGGAACGUCGAUUUAAGCAAAGCUUAUAUUCGUGCCCCCGAGCUUGCAACUCUUUGCACUCUGUUGUCCCAGGUACCUAUUUCAGACCUCAAAAUCCACCUUCAAGAUCGCUUGAACAUGAAUUGGCAAGCCAUUCCUCCUAUGUUCCUUGCAUUGAAGCAGCUGGAUGUUCGUGGAUCGAUGUUUUCCGUCAUCCUCUUCAUGUCACGUCUUGCGGCAACAAAUCUACACACACUGGUGUUUCAGCCAGACGGGAAACCCUCUGGUGUCAUGACCUUUCUUGAUUACCUCAUACCGAUCAUCAUUGAGAAGCUCGGAAAGUCGCUGAAAUCAUUUGAUCUUCAUAUCAAUGGACCUAGGCCUCAUGCCCAGGAUAGCGACCUCAUCAAGGGUAUUUUGCAGGGGCUUGAACCUCUUGUGGAGGCAGGCUUGCAAUCGCUGCAUCUAUUUUUGCAAGUGGACUCCACAAUUCCAGUGCAAUUUUCUCCGGAAGUGCAGUCCAUGCUUGAGCCCUGCGCUUGGCCUUCUUUGAAACAAUUUCACUUUGCGAUAAAGGCAAUCGCUAUGGAGUAACAAUACAUUCGGAAAGGCAGUAUUCUUCCUAGGUAUAAGCGAUUGUGCAGCUCCUUUAUAUCUUGGCAUGGUUAGUUUUUUUGUCGCCAUUUAAGUAAUAGGUGGUCUAGGAGUUCGAGGGUUUGCUUGUUUAAUUUUGACACGUUUACCCUGAAGUACACUAGGUAGUCUUACGU